AUGGUGACCUGCACUGAGCGGUUACCCGAGCAGGCCCUGCCCGCCCCAGUCAGCCCAACCAAGAGGAAGAGGGAAGGGGCAGCUCAUGAAGAGGUGACGCCGGCGGACAGGGGAGAGGGCAGCCCGUGCAGGGGCAGGAGGGUGAAGAGAGCCAGGUACCUGAGGCACAGGAAGCAGGUCCUGGAGCUGAGGAGCUGUGACUCCGGGGUGUGUGACCUGUAUGAGACCCCCAGCACCAGCCCAUCCACACAGGCACCCAGGCGGGUCCUAGAUUACGGUGACACCUGCCCCUCAGACAGGCUGGGCCUGCAGAACUUCAGGGACUAUGGGGAGGACUGCUACCUGUUCAACAAGAGCCUGGAAGACAAGUUCCUCACAGCAGACUGUCUGGCCAACCAGCCACAGGUGAGAUACCUGGAGCCAGGGAUUCACACACAUAUUGGGGAAAUACAUUUACUAUUGAAAGUGCAUUUAGUAAUAGUACUGUAAAAUAAAAGGGCACACCUAUAGACUGUAUGGGAUGUAUACUUCACUUGUAAUUUGGGGGAAAGAUGGGAAUAGAAAGCUGUGAUACAGCUGUGUAUUAUCAAUGUGUCCAGAAUAGUUCAUUACAAAUAAUUUGUCAGUGCUCACAUUGACCUGAUCAUCCAUGCAUUCUGCCCACUAUGCAAGAUUUUGUUUAUUUGUCCUUCAAGACAGCAUAAUGUCCCCAAAUAUUAAAAUCCUUUGCAAUGUUAACUUUUACCUCUGAAAGGCUAUGCUGGCUAUCUACUAUCAUUCAAUGUAAUAAGCAUCCAUUAAUCUGCUGUUCAAGUGUUUUGUAAUAAUUUGAUGUGUGUUUUGGAUGUUUUUUUUAACUUUUUGCUAAUUUUGGGAUUUAUGGUUUUUAUUAAUAGUUGAAGGCAGAGUCUCGCUGUAAACUCAUCAGCUGGCUGAUUCCAGUGCACAGACAUUUCCAAUUGGGCUUCGAAUCGUUGUGUCUUGCAGUUAACAUUCUGGACAGAUUCCUUUCCUGCACCCCAGUGGCAGCUGAUUGUUUUCAGUUAGUAGGUGUCACUUCACUGCUCAUCGCUUGCAAACAGGUAAGCAUGUCCUAUCAUCUUGUUCAUGUUAAAUUAAGAAGAAUUUUAUUUUUUUUACAUCUCCAGAUCACCCUCCCCUAUUUUAUUCAAAGAAUUUCAAAUUCUUUUAAGUAUUGUUUCAAAAAUAUUUGAAUGCAUGAGUAGUAACUAAGGAUUAGUAUAACUGGUUAUUUUACCCCAGGGCUAUAAUUUAUUUAUUGGUAGUAGAGCAAUAUCACAUUUGGCCUCCUUUGUAGUUGCAUUUCUCAUUACUGUAGAAACCAUAAAUUGAGGAUUUAUCCACUAAACAGUAAAUUGUGGUGAACGUAACCAAUUAAAUUUUUAGUUACUACAAAAUUAUGGUCAGAAAAUCUGUAUGACAGAUCUGUUUGACAAAAACACCCAAUUUUGGUUACUUUAAUGGCUUGGCUGGUUUGGCUUAAACAUUUUCAAAUUUAUUGUUUGGUUAACCUUAAUUCACUAUUCAGUGAAUAUGCCCCCCAUGAUUAUUUUGCAAGAACCUUGCUACUUUUUACAUUAUGGUUUGAGUUUUGUUAUUGCCUUAGAUUGUGUGCCAUUUUCUGGUACCCAGAUCCAUGCAUCCACUACUCUAUCUGUAAUAUAGUAAUUAAGUUUACUAAAGCAGAGUUUCCAGUAAUAUAUCUUAAUAUCUUUUGGCAAGCCCAGUCACUUCAUAGAUGAUAUGCUUACUUCUCUUGUCGUUUUUGAGGUGAAUUACCCUUAAAAACUAUUUAGGGGAGUAUAUUACAUAUUUGUGGACUUUUCAUUAAGAGAAAACAUCUGCUUUGGUAAAAUCCCAAGCCUUACAAUUUGAACUUUAGAUGGGUUUCUGUCAAUUACAAAUUCUUCAGAUAUACAUAUAUAUUUAUUUGUAUUACAGGUAGAGACACGACCUCCGCGUGUGAAACAACUGCUUUCUUUGUGCUGUGAUGCCUUCUCUCGGGAGCAACUUUGUAAUCUGGAAUGCAUUAUCUUACUCAAGUUGCACUUUCGUCUUGGUGCCCCUACUAUCAACUUCUUUCUCCAACACUUCACCCUUAUGAGAUUACCCAAUUGGGAACCCUCUGACCAGGACCUUGCCAAUGGAUCCAAGACCCUGACUGUAGCCAGAAGCAUAGCAGAGCUGAGCUUGGCUGAUUAUGCUUUUAAUUCUUACCCUCCUUCACUAAUGGCUGUUUGUUGCUUGAUAGUGGCAGACCGCCUUCUGUGCAAUGAAGUAUGUGUACAGACUGGGAGUUAUCCUCUCAGUCUGCUGCAGGAAUGCAUGGGCAAAAUUGACUUACUGGUUUCUUUGAACCUAAACUCCUUACAAUGCCUUUUACCAUGUGACCUCCCAGACAAGACUAUGGAUGUGGAUAAUUGACAGUCUCCAUAUAAGUAUGGCUUCCAAUUAGUAGGCAGUUUUUAGAAAUAAAUUAUAGAUAUUAUAUUAAACAAAAUCUUUUAUUUAAGACACUGCUGAAUAUACAAAAAAAGAUUUAGCAGUUUAAUCAGUUCUUAUAGAAUUUAAUAUUUGUAUUUCUUGAAGGAUAUUGACAUUCUUUUAAUUUAGCAGUAUUGCCGUUUAGCUACAAACUUGAAUAGUUAUACUACAUUUAAUUUAUUUACAAUGCAAUAUAUUUCUAUAUUGUACUAAUAUAGAAACCUAAGAUGUACUGUUUUAUUGAAGAGUUGUAUUACUGAGGCAUUAUAUGUUCUUUUUUGCACUGAUAACAUUUGUUUUCUAAAUUCUGGUAUUUGUAAAUAAUGUAAAUAUAGAUGCACUGUUUAUAUGAAUGAACAUUUGUUGAGCGUAAUAAUUAUUUGACAUUAAUAUUAAAAUAAAAUUCUUAAUUCAUUAACAAUAUACAUUUUGUAUUUUUUUUUUUAUUUUGUGGCAUUUUUUUUCCUGUUGCUUUUAGUGUUUUUUUUUUUUUUGGUUUUUGUUUUUUUGUGGUAUUCAGAUUUGUGUAAAUAAUUAAACCAUGUGAGAACAGUUUGACAACUUCCCUGGGUCCCACUCUGCUCCUGUGGCUAAAUCCUUCCUUGCGUAUUUCCCUGCAAGGUAAAUCACAUAUCCCAUUAGCUUUCCUGAGCUAAGCAGAGCCAUGCAGGACCACUCACAAACAAAAAUAUGUAUUCAUAAUCUGCACAUUUGACUUGUUUGUUGCAAAUAUAUUUUGUUUGUGUAUUGUGCCCUAAGCACAGCUACAAAUCUCGCAGAGCUGUGUCACCCAGAACUCUGACAAAAUGAGCAUCUGAGCACCAUAUACAGUGAAAUGACUCCAUGUAUACAGAAUCUGCUUAUCUAUUUUUGUAAUGGGGUAUAUCAGUUUUGUGCUGAGAGUUGCCGAAUACGACAUAGUAUUGAAUUUCCAAUGAAUUGGUGAUUACGAUCUACUUGUAUCACAGAGUGGUUUCUGUCAUAUUUGGCAGCUUGAUUUAAGGUUUUCCCAGGAUGCUUUCCAUUCAUGUGAUUCAGAAAUUAGCCCAUUUUCUAUCGAGAUCUUUCUCAGGUAUGGUUGGAUGCAGACACGCUAAUGCAGUUGGUUCAGCGGCAAUAACACUAUUAGUAUGGGGUAAGGGCAGAGAUACAGGUGGGGAAUGUGUUGGUGUAGUAAACUGUAAGGGAUUGGGGAGACUGAACAUAUGACUCAUAUGGGACACAAAUGUGAUGUGCAGAGAUACAAGGGGGGUGGGGAGAGGAGGGCAUAGAGGGAUAAAAGUGCUCUGUGUAUGUGCAAUAUGAGGAUAAUAUAGGCAAUAUCAUGUGCAUGUGCCACAAUGUACUAUCUAUGUAUAUAGAUUACACACACCACAUGACCAAAAGCAUAUGUACACUGUACCAUCUGUGGGAAUUUGUGCAAAUUCAGCCAAAAGAGCAUUGUGGUAUGAGGCAGUGAAAAGGUCUCGCUCUCAGUGUUCCAUUUCAUCCAAACAGAAAGUUGUUCAAUGUACUUGAGGUUUCGGGUUCCUCCACAUCAAACUCGUCAAACCAUGUCUUCAUGGAUCUUUCCUGUUCUGUCAGGGGCAUAGUCAUGCUGGCACAGGAAAGGUCCUUCCCCAAACUAUUGCCACAUUGCUGGAAGCAGCUUGUGGUCUGAAAUAUAUUUGUGUCCUGAAGCCUAGUGCCAACCCUAAAAAAAUACCCCCAGACUAUAAUCCUUCCUUCACCAAACUUUACAGUUGACAUUGUGCAUUCUGGUAGGUAGAUUAUUCCUGGCAACAGCCACAUCCAAAUUCUUCCAUCAGACUGUCAGAUAGUGAACUGUGAUUCAUCACCACAGUCCACAGAGAACACAUUUCCACUGCUCCAGUCCAGUGGCGGCCUGCUUUACACCACUCCAGCUGACACGUGGCAUUGCAUAUACAAAUGUGAGACAUAUUCAGAGCUGCUGCAAAUCCAUUUCAAGAAGCUUGUGAUGCCAAAGUUCUUCUGCUGCUGAUUCCAGAGGCAGUUUGGAACUCUGUAGUGAAUGAUACAGCAGGUGAUUGUUAUGUGCUGUUAGCUUCGGAUCCCCGCUCUGAGUAUGUAUGGCCUACUAUUUUCUGGCUGGGCUUUUGCUCCUAGAUCUUUUUACUUCACAAUAUUACCACCUACAAUUGGCUGGGGAAGGUCUAGUAGGGCAUACAUUCCACAAAUUGAUUUGUGAUAAAGGUGGCAUUAUCACAGUGCCACAUUUAAAGCCAUUGAGCUUUUCAGUGCUACCUAUUGUACUGCCAGUGAUAGCCUUUGGAGAUUUUAUGUCUUUAUUCUGGAUUUUAUGCACCUGUUAGCAAUGGGUGAGGCUAAAGCACUCAGUUAUUAGCAGAGGUUCACCAUAUAGUGCAUGUAUAUUAAUGUAUGUCAAUAUGAUAAUAUUGAUUCAAUGCAUCUCUAUGAGGAGAUGCUGUUUGGCCAGGGCGGCCCCCUGGCCCGCCUCCUUAGCUGAAAUCUUAAGAAUUGACACACUCAGCCAUGGGGAAGCAUUGUGAUUGGUUGAGAUCAUCACUUCUGAUGAUCUAAGCCAAGGAGGAAGAUCAGGGGCAGAGUCAGCAUCAGCAGACUGGAAUAAAGGUAAGAUUUUACUAUAUCUAGGAGAGCGGGGCAGGGGUGCUAGAUAGUCGUUUUAACACUAUAGGGUCAGGAAUACAUGUUUGUGUUCCUGACCUAAUAGUGUUCUUUUAAGUGUGUUGAGAAUAGCUGGGCUCUGCUGAAUUACAGCUAAAAAGCUAAUAACUUUUUUAUUUUCUGUUGGAAACAUGAAUGAGGCUUUAUAAUUUGGACAAUUUCACUAAACAACUUAUGCAAGUAUGUCUAUGUAAAGGGACACUAAAGUCACCAAAACAACUUUAGCUUAUUGAAGCAGUUUUGGUGUAUAAAUUAUUUCCCUGCAGUGUCCACUGCUCAAUUAUCUGCCAUUUAGGAGUUAAAUCACUUUGUUUAUGCACCUUAGUCACACCUCUCUGCAUGUGACUUGCACAGCCUUCCUAAACACUUCCUGUAACAAGUCAGCUAAUGUUUAUACUUCCUUCAUUGCAAAUUCUAAUUAAUUUAAAAAGUAUUAUUCCCUGCAAUGUUGAUAGCUUGCUAGACUCCAAAGAAGCCUCCUGUGUAUGAUUAACGUUCACUUUAGAGAGCAGGCAAUAAGAACUUUUAAAGUAAGUUACAUCUAAUUGAAAGUGAAACAUUUUUUUUCCCUGCAUGGUAUGUGAGUCACAGCCAGGGCAGGUGUGGUUAGGCCUGCAUGGACAAACAAAAGGGAUUUAAUUCCUAAAUUGCAGAGAAUUGUCAUUGAUCAUGAUCUAUACAUUAAAACUGCUUCAUUAAGCUAAAGUUGUUUUGGUGACUAUAGUGUCCCUUUAAUAUUGCAUUAUUAUGUUUUGGUUUUUUUCAUUUCAGUAACUAAAGGAACAGUUAAUUGUUAAUUGUGCUUAACAGUAGCCAAAAGUGUUACCAAAAUGAAGAGAGGAGCCACACUCAAUUCCAAUCGACACCAGGUGUACUGGAGCAUGACCAGCAAUCCCACAACGCUCAAGCAAACAAAAGAAUGGUCUCCAGGCACUCAGGGUGUUCAAAGACCUCAUAGCAGGUCGAAACGUUGCUGCUUGGUCACAUUUUUUAAUCUAUAAAACUGCCCUUGGUUUGAACAUCCUGAGUGCAUGGAGACUGUUUGCUUAACAGUAGCCAAACGACAUAGAACUUUGAAAUGGAGUAUAUACAGGUGUCCUGCACAUCACUGUGGCCCACUGGACUUUUUAAUGUGGCCCAGAAAGCUUCAGUCCAAAGAUCAACUGGUGCAUGUCCUAUUUAAAUUAAUUGAUUCUUUUCAGAUGAAGUUAGAAAUCUUUAAGUGUGAACUUCAAGACCAGAAUUGAACUAAUUUCCAAUGCAAUAAAGUCCUCAGUAUGAAGCUGCAAUAUCUCAUACACUGAUCAUCCACAACAUGAAAAGCACCUACAUAAUAUUGUGUUGAUCGCUCUCGUACUUGAAAACUGCUAUGAUGUGUUGCGGCAUUGACUCCACAAGAACGCUGAACGUGUACUUGGUAUCUGGCACCAACACUUUACCAGCAAAUCCGUUUAGUCCUGCAAUUUGUGAAGUGGGGCCAACAUGGGAUGGAUUUGUUGUUCCAGUACAUCCCACAAACUCAAUCGGAUUGAGCACUGGGUAAUAUGGAGGCCAAGGCAACGUGUUCAAUUCUUUGUCAUGUUCCUCAAACCAUUUCUGAACAAUUUUUGAAGUGGCAAUGUGCAUUAUCCUGCUGAAAGAGGCCACUGCCACCAGGGAACACCAUUGCAUGAAGGGGUGCAUGCAGUCUACAACAAUCUCUAGGUGGUAAGAGUAAACGUAACAUCCACAUAAAUGCCAGAAACAAAAGUUUCCAAGCAGAAUAUUGCCAAGAUCAAAACACUGCCUCUGCCGGCCUGCCUACUUUGCAUAGUGCAUCCUGCUGCCAUAUGUCCCCCAGGUGAACCACACAUGCACCCAGCCAUCCACCCGAUCUAAAAGAAAAUGUGAUUCAUCAGACCAGGCAACCUUCUUCCAUUGCUCCAUGGUCCAGUUCUACAUAGUUACAAAGGCUUAAAAGAGACAUGCGUCCAUCAAGUUCAGCCUUCUAACACUUACAUCCCCAUUGAAGGCACUUUUGUUCGUCAACAGGGCUCAUCAUGGGCACUUUAACUGGCCUGCAGUUACGCAGCAAGCCCCAUAUGCCACAAACUGCAAUGCACUGUAUGUUCUGACACCUUUCUAUCAUGGCCGCCAUUAUGUUUUUCAGCAAUUUGAGCUUCAAUAGCUCUUCUGUGCGAUUGUAUCAGAGGGACUACCCUUCACUCCCAAAAUGCAUCAAUGAGCCUUGGACCUCCAUGACCUUCAUGCUGGUUCACCAGUUCUCCUUCCUUGAACCACUUUUGGUACUUGCUAACCACUGCAUACUAGGAACACCCCACAAGACCUGCCGUUUUGGAGUCGCUCUGCACCAGUCAUUUAGCCGUUACUAUUUAGCCCUUGUCAAAGUGACAGAUUUUUUCACUUGUUUUUUUGUCCUGCUUUCAACACAUGAAAUUCAAGAACUGACUGUUCUUUGCUGUCUAAUAUAUCCCACUGCUCGACAGGUGCCACUGUAAAGAAAUAGUCAAUGGUAUUCACUUCACCUGUCAGUGGUUUUCAUGUUGUGGCUGAUCUGUGUAUUCUAUGAUAGAUUGCAAGAUUUCCAUGCACAAUAAAAAAUCUUAAACAUGGUAAAUCCUUUAUUGAUGUAAUGGAGGCUCCAGGGGACCCGCACAUUGAAAUAAUUAACCUUCAUUAUCACUCAGACCUGAAAAUUAGAAUGAAAUGCCUCUCUUAGAAUUUUAACAAAAGUAUGCAGCAUAGGGAAAAUGUGUCAGUUUAAGAAUGCGUGCAGCAAGAAUCUUCUCCCUCUUCAGAAACAUAUACUGAUGUGAACAGAUGUUUUCCAGAAAAAGUUAGUCCAAGAACAAAUUACUGAUUGUCACCUGGAGCACUGCCUCUGUUGAGCUAUCAGAUGUAGUUCCUAACAUUGAAUUUUAUUAAGACACGGAGGCUCCUAUUAUGCUGCACUCUUUCUUUAUUUCCCUCAGCAGCAAAGAAAAAACUUUAUAAACAUAACCAAUAAUAACAUUAACAGUCUCAGGUGUAAUCUUCCUAGUAACAGGAACAGCCAAUCAGGAUCCACUUCUCCAGCAUAAUAGGCUCUGUCAACCAAUCCUGUUCCUCUUUCUUUGCUGCUCCCUCAGUUAAGUAUAUCUGAUCCCUCAGGCUCCUUAACUGUGGGAUUAGUUUUAUAUUGAAUUACUUUAUAUUGAAUUACUUUUAUAUUGUAUUAAUAUUAUAUUGUAUUAAUUUCCUAGCAUUCAUUUCAUAGUAUUAAUUUUAUAGUAUUAAUUUUCUAGUGUUAAUUUUUUUAUAUGUGUUACUUUAUUACUUUUUACUUGGUAUUAUUGAUGUGCUACUGUAGAAAACAUUUCUAGGGACAUCCUUCAUAGUUGUCCCUUUAUUAUUUUAUUCUGCUGAAUUUUCCCUUCCCCUUUAAGUUUUUCCCCGCUCCAGCCGCUCGCCCCUCAGAGCCUAAUUUGCAGGGGCUCGGGGACGUCGGCUGGAGCCGCACCCGGCGCUUCGCGCCCUCCUGCCGUGCCCGACCGCCGACUACAGAGCUCACUGAGCUCAGUUAUCAGCUCCCUGCUCGCGGCGUACUUGUGCGCGCUGAGCGCUACACAUUUCGCCGCGAGCAGGGCUUACCGGACUCUCUGCCUCCUCUGCACUGCUCCGGCGGCCAUUUUCUGUUUUUUCCCGCGCGCGGCACGUAG